GACAACAGCCUGGUUUAGAGCUUGACAUUCAAAAUGAAUGAAUCGUCAAUGCAGCUAGGUAGAUUAUUUAAGGUACUUGUGUAUAUAUAAACACAUUCGCACAACGUGCGUUUGUUGACGUGUUCCCUCCAAAAAGUGACAAAUGUGGGUUUUUGUGGUACUUAUGUUAGGUAAAACUGAGGAGCAGCCACAUUGAAGACCUGCGAAUUGGCUGUGGUUGAGAAGAGAAAUGAGAUGGGGGUGAGUGGUGAGAACACAUACACCCCCACCCCUUUCAACACAAAUGUCUCCAUGGGUCCACUUCUUCAUAACCCAACUCUUCUGCCGCUGUGCGCACAUGCUCAAAGGAGGAGUGUUUGGACCGGACACUCAAUAUGCAAGAUGAGAGCAGAUUAGCCAUUUCAGUUUUGUCCAAUUAAAAAGUCUCCACACACACCUUCUUGUAUGCGAACGUCCACCGGUCUACCGGCGCCCUGCACGCCAGCGCUGGUGAUGCCAUGCCGCGGGGUCACGGCGGCGACGACAGCGCUGGUGGUAUCGGUGGUGGUGGUUUCGGCUCCGGACUCUGGCUGAAUACUUCCCCUGGACGCCUGGCGCAGGACUUCCCCCUCAGGGAUGUGGAGUGCGGACAGAGGAUGAUGAACAACGCGGUUCGGAUCGGGGACGGGCUGGGGCCGCCCGGUGCCGACAUGAAGCAGGGCGCUCGGCUCAGCCUACUGGGCAAGCCGCUGACGUACAGCGCGCAGGGCGGCCGCAGGAACGCGCGCUACCGCUGGCUCCAGAACUACCUGUACAACGUCCUGGAGAGACCCAGGGAGUGGGCGUUCGUCUACCAUGCCUUUGUGUUCAUCCUGGUGUUUGGAUGUUUGGUUCUGUCUGUGUUUUCCACCAUCCCUGCUCACCAGGAAAUCUCUUCACACUGUCUGCUCAUCCUGGAGUUUGUGAUGAUUGUGGUGUUUGGUCUGGAGUACAUCAUCAGAAUAUGGAGCGCCGGUUGCUGCUGCCGUUACCGAGGCUGGCAGGGACGCCUCCGCUUCGCCAGGAAACCUUUUUGUGUCAUAGACAUUAUCGUACUCAUCGCCUCCGUCGCCGUGGUUUCGGCCGGUAGCCAGGGCAACAUUUUUGCCGCUUCUGCCCUGCGCAGUCUUCGCUUCCUGCAGAUCGUGCGCAUGGUGCGCAUGGACCGAAGAGGAGGGACCUGGAAGCUGCUGGGAUCUGUGGUCUAUGCACACAGUAAGGAGCUGGUGACAGCCUGGUACAUUGGCUUCCUUGUGCUCAUCUUUUCCUCCUUCCUGGUUUACCUGGUGGAGAAGGAAGAAAACAAAGAUUUUGCCACCUAUGCUGACGCUCUGUGGUGGGGCACGAUCACCUUGACAACCAUCGGCUAUGGUGACAAGACCCCGCAGACUUGGACGGGGAGGUUGCUGUCUGCCGGAUUUGCUCUUUUGGGAAUCUCCUUCUUUGCUCUGCCAGCUGGCAUCCUGGGCUCAGGUUUCGCCCUGAAGGUACAGGAACAACAUCGCCAGAAGCAUUUUGAAAAGAGGAGGAACCCAGCAGCCAGCCUCAUCCAGUGUGUCUGGCGUAGUUACGCUGCCGAUGAGAACUCGGUUUCCAUUGCUACCUGGAAGCCUCAUUUGAAGGCGUUGCAUACCUGCAGCCCCGCCAAGAAAGAGCAGGGCGAGGCCGCUUACAGCCAAAAGUUGAGCUUUAAGGAGCGAGUCCGCAUGGCGAGUCCCCGGGGACAGAGCAUGAAGAGCAGGCAGUCGUCCAUCAACGACCGACAGCGCUGUUCCCCCGGCAACGAGGUGGCAAGCGGCGCCGAGCUGAUGAGUGGGAGCCCGGCCAAAGUGCAGAAGAGCUGGAGCUUCAACGACCGGACCAGGUUCAGACCCUCCCUGAGGCUGAAGAGCCAGUCGCGGACCGUUGCCUCAGACGUGGACGCAGGCAUGACCACAGAGGAUUCUCAAGACGAGAGAGGCUGCCAUUGUGACAUCACCGUGGAGGAUCUGUCCGCUCCUCUCAAGGCAGUCAUCAGAGCUGUCAGGAUCAUGAGGUUCCACGUGGCGAAGAAGAAGUUCAAGGAGACGCUGCGUCCGUACGACGUAAAGGACGUCAUAGAGCAGUACUCUGCGGGACACUUGGACAUGCUGUGUCGCAUCAAGAGCCUUCAGACCAGGGUGGAUCAGAUCCUCGGAAAAGGCCAAAUUCCCGUGGAUAAGAAGCUGAGGGACAAACUGAACCCAGACGGAGAUCCUCACGAGGGUAUAAGCAUGCUGGGCCGUGUGUGUAAGGUGGAGAGGCAGGUGUCCUCUAUCGAGUCCAAGUUGGAUUCUUUGCUGGAUGUUUACCGCCAAGUCCUACAGAAAGGUCCCUCUGCUCUCGCUCUCUCCUCGCUGCCGCUUUUUGAACUGGACCAGCACCACGGCUGUGACUACCAGACCUCCAUCAUGAACAGGGACCCGCCCUCCCCUCAAGGAAGCGGGGGCGACACCAGCGCAAACCCCAGAGGACUGAGGCUCAUCUUAGCGCCCGCUGACGACGACGGCCCCCCGGAUUCGGCCCCUCCAUCUUACCCGCCGUCCACUGCCUCGCUCUCCCCAUCGCCUCUGCUGCCACCCGACAGCCCCUACCCCACCCUGGUCACACCUAACAGCACCAGGAGGGCGCACUUCCCUGACCUGCCUCCUCCGCCUCCUCCCUCAGGGGGGUUUACCCUCCAAUUGCCUCCUGUGAUGCACCCCUCCCACCUGCGCUGCCCUGCUGACCCCGUCCCAGAUGAUAUAACAGAUGGAGUGCUGGCACACAGGGGGUGUCCAGGUCCCUCUGUUUUUGUGGGACCCGGUGCUGAAGCGGACAGCCAGUCAGGCUUCGGCCAAGGGAGCGCUCAACUCCGGGAGAAGCCCGGCGCCAAAUCCGAGGCAGCGUGGAGGCGACACAUGAGCCUGGAGGUGGACCCCCUGCUGCUGCUGUCACCGAGCCCCGACGGGGCACCCCCAGACUUGGGGGGCACCCUCGGGAAGUCCCUCUCCAUGCACAAUCUUAGUCAGCCUUCUAGCAACCGGGCCGCCGGCCACAGUAGCGAACACGCUCGCUGUGACCUCAGCGACUGGGAUGCGAGAGAACUCUUCAUCAGUGAGCGCAAACUUCAGGGGGACGCCCCCGAACAGCAUUUGGACUUCCUGGCCCAGGACCCUGGCAAGCGGCCAACGCACCUGUCGCACACUGUGGACGAGGCUGCUGCUCUCCCCAAGGGAACGUCAGACUUCCUCAGUCAAUCGCCACAUGUCCAACUGACCUGACCCCACACACACACACACACACACACACACACACACACACACACACAGUCACUGUAUGCCAUGUAUGAGGAGGCCACUUUAAAACAGGAAAUGAACUUGUUUGCCUUGAAUGUACAACUUUUUCAUCAUAUUUCACCAGGUUUGCUUCAUGCAGUAGAUUUUCUGAGUGGUACUAUAACGACUACAUACAUAUAUAAAAAUAAUACACAAGAAAUCUGAAAGUCAGGCGAAAAAAAACAUAGAUUCAUUAACGUAUUUACGAUAAGUUUAGAUCAAAACUAGAUGAGAAAAAAUGUCACUUGUGCCACGUAUUUAAAGUGGCUUCAUUAACAUCACGGCGGCAUUCAUCAGCUUAUAUUCUCGUCUUUUUACCAAAUUGUGAUGAGAUAAAAAAAAAUGAAUGCAUGAAUCAUAAUAAAUAAUAAUAAUUGUUAUUGAUAUAAUUAUUAUUAUAGAUGACCUGUAGAGGCCUGUUGUGGUGGGAAGUAAGAAAAUAAUCAUGGACGCAUGUCACAAUCAUCUCAGUGUGUUUGUUUACCGCCAUUUGCUUUGAGACAAAAUCAGCCUCAAGCAAUCGCACAAGAGAAAAAAACGCUCACCUUUGAUGGGUAAUGCACGGAGGAUGCUGCAUGUCUGUUACUUGCCUAAAGAGAGCGUUCUGCAUGUUGGCCCCAGCAUUAUAUUCUUAUUUUCUUCAUUUGAUAGCAGAUAAAACCACCACUAGCGAGAACUGAAUUUCACGACAAAGCUUUUUGGACAACCCCUAUAUUGGGUGCUGCUAGCACCAUGUGCAUAAUAUAUUAUAUUACAAUAAUAAUAUGAUGUGUUGCAGGGGACUGAAUGCAAUGAAACAAGACGAUGCUUGCAUCAGUUGGAUAUCAUGUCUAAAUUUGACAUGCUGACACAAUAACGGCAAAUUAAACACAGUACAACUCACUUUUUUAGCUUUUUAUGCGAUUCUUGCCAUUUGCUACACAGCAAAUACUUAACACAAAUUCUGAUUGGAAGAAAAAAACUUAUCAAGGAUGAAAUGUUGCCCUUUUUGUUGGAAAAACUGUCUUGUCAAAAUUGUCCUGAAUUUUCACUGCAAGGCUGCUGCUUGUGUGUGUGUUUUUUUUUAAAUAAUUUUGACAGAUUUCAUAUGAAGUGGUUUGCCAUCACGAUAGUCUUAAAUGUAUUUUUAAAAGUGUCACAACCAUUAUGUUGUCUUGUUCUGAGCAAUGCUUAACACUAACUUGCCACAGGAUACGUUAUUUUCCAGCAGGUCAGCGUUGGCAUGAUUUUAAUGAAAUACUCUAUUUACAACCCAAGCUUGAUUUAUUGUGGUACGAUGCAAUAUAAAAGCACAGUGAGAGCCUGAGGGGCCUGAAAAUGUGACGCAGUAUAGUUAAUUGUUUCUUUAAUGUUACGGUAGGAUUAAUGUUGUUGCCGAUUGAUGACUUUGGAUUCAUAUGAUAAGAGGUCAGCUAAAAACUGAAGCAGGAGGCUCAUUAAGUAAUAAUGUAAUUAAUGCAUUAAUGAUUGUGUUUAGAUUUUGUUUGUUUAGUUGUAUAUCACUUUACUAAUUUGGGCAUAAGGUGUCAAUCCGAAUUAACACACAAAGUUCUCACGCCACUGACUUUUUCUUUAUUCUAAUAAUGCAUUUCUGCUCUCUGCUGCUUGAAAGUAAUUUAUUACACAACAGGCCUUAAAAACGCUUGUCCAUGUUAACACUCUUUUUACGUUGAAAUUAAUUUAUUACAAGUGCAUAUUAUAUAUA